AAAUGGAGCUGAAGGAGAUCUCUUUUAGUCUAGAUAACUCUGUUGUGUCUCUUGCUUACACACCUAUACAUACACCUAUACUUACAACAAUACACACACACAUAUAUAUAUAUUAAUGAAUUUGUUUUAUUAAAUUACUAAUAUUUAUAUUCUGUUCUUGCUCUUCUGGGUUUUAUUUUGUUUGAUUUACCUUGUUUUCUACUCCAACUAGUGAUAUACGUAGAUACAUACAGAUAUACGUACAGAUAUUGUGUGUGUAUAGGUGUGAUGAUACCGUGGGGAGGAGUUAGCUGUUGUCUGAGUGCAGCUGCCCUUUAUCUUCUUGGGAGAAGCAGUGGAAGGGAUGCUGAUGUUCUUAAGACGGUUACGCGUGUUAAUCAAUUAAAGGAUUUAGCUCAAAUACUAGAUACAGCAUCCAGAGUGUUGCCUUUGGUUGUCACUAUAUCUGGAAGAGUUUGUUCAGAUGCACCUAUUAGUUGUGAAUAUAGCGGUAUGCGGGGUGUUAUUGUCGAGGAGACGGCAGAGCAGCACUUCUUGAAACACAAUGAUGCUGGUUCCUGGAUACAGGAUUCUGCUAUGAUGCUAUCCAUGUCUAAAGAGGUUCCGUGGUAUCUGGAUGAUGGAACUAGUCGAGUAUUUGUGAUUGGAGCUCGGGGUGCCUCUGGUUUAGCAUUAACAGUUGGAAGCGAAGUAUUUGAGGAAUCAGGGCGAUCACUUGUAAGGGGCACACUAGAUUAUCUCCAGGGUCUCAAGAUGCUUGGAGUCAAGAGGACUGAACGAGUUCUUCCUGUUGGUACUCCAUUGACUGUUGUGGGUGAGGCUGUCAAAGAUGACAUAGGAACUAUGCGAAUUCAAAAACCUCACAAAGGCCCGUUUUAUGUCUCUCCAAAACCUAUAGAUCAGCUCAUUGCUAAUCUUGGGAAAUGGGCAAGGUGGUAUAAAUAUGCUUCUCUGGGGUUCCAAAUUUUUGGUAUCUAUUUGAUUGCAAAACAUGGUUUUCAAUAUGUCAUGGAAAGGAAACGUCACUGGGAGAUGCGGAAGAGGGUUCUUGACGCUGCUGCCAAAAAGCAAGGGACAGAUAUCGAAGGGUCAAAUACUAUUGCUGAAGAUGGAUUGGAUGGCGCUAAAAAGGACUUGUUGAUGCCUGAUUUGUGUGUGAUCUGCUUAGAACAGAAUUACAAUUCAGUAUUUGUCCCGUGUGGCCAUAUGUGUUGCUGUACAGGGUGCGCGUCACACUUGACAAGCUGCCCUCUUUGCCGGAAAAGGAUUGAUCAAGUAGUCAAGACUUUCCGCCACUAGAAUUAUUACUUGGUAGGAGUCACUAUAUACUGGCAAAGAAGAAUGUUAUUCGACCUGUUUUGGUACAUAAUCUUUAUCUCUGGUGCCAAAAUUCCAGAAGCCUGAAGAUCUUUUUAAUUUUCUAGAACUGGCUCUAUGUCUAGUUUCAUCUUUACACCAGGUUUCACAGCCUCCUCACAUCUCCCGAGUUGGUAAAAAUUGACAUAUUUAGCUGACUUGCUUAAACAUUGGUAAAGCUUCUUAGAAGAUUGUACAUAGUAAUUUGCCGAAUUGCCAUGAGUUAUAAUGAUUUUAAAAGGGGGAUAAACCCGACGGAUUCUGCAUCUGUAGAGUCUGGUUUAUCUAAGAGUUAGAUUCUAUAUGUUAUUGCAAGUAUGUAACCUGCUGAAGAUUUUAUUAUAUAUAUAUAAUUUUAAAUUUGAUUUUUC